AUGUACCUCCAUACAUCAAGGAAUAUGCUAUCCAAUCAGAUCAGACCACGCUCAUCAGAGCUUUUAGAGCUUCAUGUAUUUUACGUUCCAGAAGAAGUGUGGAAUUUCAGGUUGAAUACAGUUCCUAUAGAAGUUAUUAACAAAUUCUUUUCGGCUGGAUUUAUACGGGUGUCACCUCAUAUGACAUUGAAAACGUUAAGAGAACACCUUGGAGAGUACCUAGGUGAAGAUGCAGUUGUAGAUAAGUACAUCUUUCUAAAAUGUAUUGGAGAGAAACUUGUGGUGGUGAAAGCAAAACAAGAGAUGGAACUGAAGCUCAAAUCAUUUGCUCCUCCAUACGCAUUUCAUCCAGAACUGUAUUUGUUACCAGGAAUAGGAAGUAUUUAUUUAUCUUCCUCAUCAACUCCAGAAAAACACCAUAAUAAUCCGGAAUAUGUGCUUACAUAUGCAUCAUAUGAAAGACCACAUCGUUUAAUUUCUCCAAAUCCUGAUGAUGAUCAAAACCCAACAAUGUUAGAUAGCUCCUUCAAAAACAAUCUCAGUCAAACUCAGGAAAAAGCUCAUUUUUCUGGAUGGAAUGAAAAGGAAACAAUUCCAGUUCUACAUAAAAAGCAAAUCUCUGAGCAAGAAAAGAAUGAAAGUAUUCAAGGAAAAAAUAGUUCACAACAAAGGAAAGGCAAAAUCAGUUGUAACAUUGACAAAACAGAAUCUGUUCCAUCGUCAAGUUCUUCAAAACAGCACCCCGCAAAGAAACUAGCAUCAGUGAAAAUUCAUCAGAAGAAGACUCUCAGCCCAACCCCAGAAAGGCAUAAUAUUCCAGGAAAGGAUGAAAAAUACAAAAAGACAGUUGCACCUCCAAAGAGAGAUCAGAACCAUGAAAAAGAGGAAAACAACCAGUUUCCAUUAAAUCACACCCCACAGAAUACAAAAGAAGAGGUUUCUCUCAUGUUGGGCGCAAAUACAGAAAAAGGAGGGAAUUUAACAGGGAUUGGAAUGGGAAGGCAUACUACUGCUGAUUCUGGAAUCCCAGAAUCCUUGGAAGACCGAGACAUGGAAUACUCACCCAAUAAGAGAAGCCAACAACAUCCUGGAAUUACCAAGACUGUUGCUGACCCUGGUAAUGUGCAGAAUAAUCAGACGGAUGGGAAUAACCUAAAUGACUCUGCAUAUCCAAGUCAGUAUCUUUCCCCUCCUACUCCACCUCUUCUGGCUGUCUCAGUAAAUAGAGCUCAACUUCCUCACAAAAGUUUUCCAACAGAAGGCAAUGAAUUAAAUAAGCAGCUGCAACAUAUCAAGAUAGAAAGAAAGCACCUGGAAAAGACUAGAGAGGAACUGGUUAAAAAAGUGAAAGCCUUAAUUCAACAGCAUAAGCUCAGGAGAUGCUAUGCCCGUGAUUCCUGGAAAAAGAAAUAUUUUGAAAUGAAGAAAGUCACCAUUUCCUCAGAGGAAGUUUUAAAUAAAUUCCAAGAAAAUUUAGAACUUCACCACCAAAAAGUACUGAGGCAGCUAGAAGCUAGAGAUACCAAGAAAAAGCGAAAUAUUUUAACACAAACCGCCAAUUCAAAGAAUAAUGUAAUAAUCCAGAUUACAACUCUGCAGCGUGAAAUUGACCAGCUAAAGAGAAAGUUAGACAAUGCCAAAAUGAAGCUUGUCAUAGAAAUCAAGAUGAAAAAACAGGCAACUUCUGAUUUACAAGCACUGAAGGCAGAACUGGUACACAAGAAGGUUCAGUCAUCUUUAAGAUUCCCGUCAGAAAAGCAAAUAUUUUAGCUAAACUUUUUAAUGAAAUUAUUCACACUAUAGCUGCUCAAAAAUUUCUGUUAAAUUUUGAUUAAACAUAGCAAAGCUUGUAUAUAACGAAAAAAUAUUGAUUGCUAAACCAAUCAUUCGCUCUUCUGCUGAUGUGGCAUUAGUGCUGCAAACCAGCAAUAACAAACUUGGAUGGGGGAACCCUAGUUGCAUCCAUUACAACACCAUUCUUAAUGGAAGGAGAAAAUCUCACUAUAAACAUUUUGAAGAACUACCUCUUUGGGGGAUGGUGAAGAAAUUGACUUCCCUUAUCUUCCACCUGCAUAUCAUCUCUUGGGGUAGAAUGACUUGUGUUAAUUUAACUCUACAGUUUGCUAUAACUAUAGCAUACUUGGGUUGGGAAGAACAAUGUCUACCUAAAGACGGAAUUAUUAGUAAAUUUCCUCUUUUUUUUUGCAUUGCAAAUCUAAGGUUUUGCAAACAAAAAUUUUUGUUUAGUAUU